UAUAAAUCAACGAAAAAGCCCAAACCGAAUAUAUUUGGUAAAUGGUAAUGGUGGAUGCCGCGGCCUGCCGGGUAUUCUUAUCUAAUGAAGAAAAAAACCAGACGCAGCCGCAGUUGACAUUUCAAACUCACGUCUCUCCCACUCCCACUCGCACUGAUUAUAAUAUUCUAUCUUCCUUUCUCGAUCUUCGAUUCUUCAAUCUUACGUCGUUGUAGAUAUACUUCCAAAAUCAAUCCCGAUCACUCUGUUCUUUUUGAACUUUUCAUCACUUUAACCUCAAGAAAUCUACAUCGCUUUUACUCGAUUUUAAUAUCUCACAUUGUCGAUCGCAGCAGCAGAACAACAUCAACACCAAUCAGCGAUGUCGUUCGAGUUAGAAGAAGAAGAGUCCUUCGAGCACACGUUACUAGUGGUUCGAGAAGUGUCGGUUUUCAAAAUCCCGCCGCGUUCCACUAGCGGCGGUUACAAAUGCGGAGAGUGGCUUCAGUCGGACAAGAUCUGGUCUGGCAGGCUUCGUGUUGUUUCCUGUAAGGACCGGUGUGAGAUCCGAUUGGAAGAUCCGAAUUCCGGAGAUUUGUUUGCGGCUUGUUUUGUUUAUCCUGGCCAGAGGGAGAGCGCCGUGGAGUCGGUGCUCGAUUCGUCGAGGUAUUUUGUUUUGAAAAUCGAGGAUGGCACGGGGAAACACGCUUUUAUAGGGUUAGGGUUUACAGAGAGGAACGAGGCGUUUGAUUUUAAUGUGGCGUUGUCGGAUCAUGAGAAGUAUGUGAAGAGGGAGAUUGAGAAGGAUGCCGAUGAAGCCAGCGACGAGAGUCAUAUCAAUAUCCAUCCUGCUGUAAAUCACAGAUUGAAGGAGGGUGAAACAAUUCGGAUCACUGUAAAAAACAAACCUGCAAGUGGAGCUGGGAUGCUUUCAUCUGCAGGGUUAUCCGAAAAGAUUAAGCCACUUAGCCUUGCUCCUCCACCUGAGAAGGUUAAGUCUAAGCCUCUAAGCCUUGCUCCUCCACCAGUUGCCUCCGGGAAAAUUAGGUCUCCUAUCCCACCCCCACCCAAUGAUCCUGCUGCUGUUCGGAUGACUUCUACAACUCAUAAUGUUGCUGCAAGGAAUUCUACAGAUGCUUUCACAGAUUUCUCUCAGCUCGAGAGGAAUCUUCCUUCAAGCGGUGGAUCUGGGUCAACAACUCAAAGCAAAAGCAAAAGCAGUGCAGCUGGAUGGGCAGCAUUUUGAUUGUAUCGGAAUCGGAUGAGGUGUAAUACUUGGAUGAUAUCUUUUCUUCUGUUAUGUUAAUGUUGAGGAAAGCAAGCAGAAUAGAUGACAUGAUACAACAGAAGGUAACAAUCAAUAUACAGUGACAGUCCAUUAUUGGAAAUAAUUGUAAUUGUCUGGAAUAUAUAAAUAUUCGUGACCUUGUAUUUCAUAAUUAUAUGUUACAAUUAUCUGCCAACGUAAGUCCAAUUUCACUCUGACGUUAAGAUCUUGUCUUCCCAUUGCUUCCUCUACUGUGAAUCUGUUGUUGCCUUGUUCUUCACCCUGGAAGGAAACCUGUUUUGAGUAUACUUGUUGCGUCUAGUUUGAAACAUAUAAAUAUAAUGAACCAGGUUUGAGUUUAUAAAAACUCAAAUUGAAUUCUAAUCGAGCUCUUCUAUCCCUACUUAAUAUGCACUGUUGUUUUGUAUUUUUUUCUGAGGUGUUUCUUAUUUUCGAGCUACUAUUCAAUGCAAGAAAUAUCUUUUCUUUUACUUAUCCAAGGGAUUGUUUUUUUCCUAAUUCUGUGUGGGUAAAAGGAAUGAUGAUUGUGUUGAUGAAGUGUUGUAUAAAUAAAG